GUGUUGAUGGGUCAGCGCAAAGGUCUCCAAAAAUUUUUACCCACGAUAGUCUUGAAUUACUUAGCAAAACCAAUAAAAGUAGCGUAAAUGCUACAAAUGCACCAGAAAUCCAAAAGUAUCAACGAGCUAGAAACCGGAUAUUUUUGCCACGUAUUCUUAUAAUUUUGAAUAAUAGUGAAAUCACAUUAUUUAGUGUCCAUGCCUCACAUAACACGGUCAGAAAAUCUAAGUUAAAACGAUAUAAUUCUACUUGA